CUGUGCCAACGACUAGGGUUUUUUUCCCUUUCGCUGCUGAAACAGAUCACUGUGUAUUACCAUUUUUGCAAAUAUGGAGAAGAAAGGAUGAUGAAAACAUGCCCAGACCAACAGCAGUCACUGUUACUGUGGCUACCCUGUUUGGCAUUGCAGCAGGAAGUCUAGCUGUCUGGAGGGUCAUCCAACGUCGAAAACAUAAAACUUGCAUUACACCAAACCAAGAAGGAGAUGUUAACGAGCAGGAAAAGAAAGAUAUCUCAGAAGACAUUUUUCGUUCAUUUUUACCUUGUCCCACAAUUUGUUGGCUGGAGGAGAUCCUUGAGGCAAAAGUAAUAAUUGUUUCCGAGGUAGGGAAGUGGAAUGAAGUGGAACCCAUAUUAAUGAAAGAGUUGGAAUGUUAUCCAGUCCUUGGAAUUGACUGUGAGUGGGUCUCAGUGGAAGGGAAAAAGGCCAAGCCUGUUUCUCUCUUACAAUUGGCUGCUUGUAACGGCCUUUGUCUCCUCCUUCGUUUGCCCCAGCUGACUAGUGGGGGACAAGUUCUUCCAAAGGCAUUGCUUGAAGUUCUGGCAGAUGGCAAAAUCCUAAAAGUUGGGGUAGGAUGUUGGGAAGAUGCCAGUAAGCUAUUUCAUGACUAUAGUGUAACAGUCAAAGGGACUAUGGACCUCCGCUAUCUGGCCUUAAGACAUAGUAAGACCUUCUCCACAAAUGGGCUCAGCCUGAAAUCUCUUGCCGAAAAGCUUCUCCAGUAUUCGCUUGACAAAUCUCUACACUUAUGCUGCAGCAAUUGGGAAGCAGAGCAAUUAACUCAAGAACAGAUUGAUUAUGCUGCCCGAGACGCACAGGUGUCAGUGGCUUUGUUCCACCACCUGGUGAACCUUCCCUACCCACCUUGUGCAUCGGGUGAUGGACAUGUUCUUCCUGCGUGGGAAAAGGUUCUGAGGAAAUGUCAAGGUUUGGUGGAUGUACCCUUCAGGGGAAAAAAUAAUAGCUUUGGUGAUGAUGAAAACCCUGGAAAUGUGGAGCAAAGCCCACAGUAUCAGAAACUUUCAUCCUCCCCAAUCAACCAACAGGGGAAAGACCCUCGGAAGCACAAAAGGAAGCCUCUGGGUGUAGGAUAUUCUGCCAGGAAAUCUCCCUUGUAUGAUAAUUGCUUCUUGCAUGCUCCAGAUGGGCAGCCUUUAUGUACAUGUGAUCGCAAGAAAGCCCAGUGGUACCUUGACAAAGGCAUUGGAGAAUUAGUAAAUGUGGAGCCAUUUACUGUGAGAUUAAAGUUUGAGCCCUCUGGACGCCCCGAAUCAACUGUGGAUUAUUACUUGAUAGUCAAAGAAAAUCUGUGUGUUGUGUGUGGCAAAAAAGAAUCUUAUAUUCGAAAGAACAUUGUACCUCAUGAGUACCGGAAACACUUCCCCAUCCAGAUGAAAGACCACAAUUCCCACGACGUGCUCCUUCUCUGCACUGCGUGUCACGCGCUGUCUAAUUACUAUGAUAAUCAUCUCAAGCAACAACUGGCUGAAGAAUUUGGUGCCCCUAUUGGUUGCGAGGAGGGCGUUCGCUUGCUCGAAGAUCCCACCCGCAGACUAGUCCGUUCGGCAGCUAGAGCACUUGUGAAUGCAGACAGCCUCCCUGCUGCCAGGAAGGAAGAGCUGUUGCAGCUGAUCCGGGAUUACUUUGCAUCCGACACGGUUUCCCCAGAGAUGGUGCAGGAAGCAGCUGGACUGGAAACCAGGAUUUUUAACGAGAACUAUGUGCCACAUGGCUUGAAAGUGGUUCAGUCUUUUGCGCAAGGGGGCUUAUAUUCUCUCAUGGGGCUGGAGAAACGUUGGCGCCAGCACUUCUUGGAUGUCAUGCAGCCCAAGCAUCUCCCAGCACAAUGGUCUGUUGAUCAUAAUCACGACAAGUUAAUCAAGAAAUACGGGGAGGCUCUCCAGAUUGAACUUUCAUGAAGAUGAAAUGAUGAAACUGGAAAAUAUAACCCAGACCUACUAUUUUCCUUCCCCCCUCACGUUGGGAUUAACAAGAUUCCACCCAGACAGUUACAUUGCGAAGGAAAUCUCACCAGCAUUGCCAGAUAAAACUAUUUUAAGCUAAAAGGUGGUUUUUUAAAGUGUUUUUAUUUGUUUUGAAUUACAAUUUGAAUAUUGGUUCUACAAAGAUCACCAUAGCCAUAUCUUCUUUGUGAAGGCUUCUGUACAUAUGUGGACCCUUCUAGCCUUUCAGAUGCUGCUUCUGAAUUGCAGUACUUCACUCGCCGUUCGUCUUCAUUGACACAGAAACAUCUGGAGACUUUCAGGUUCCUCUCUCUGUUUUAUCUUGAAGGUACCAUUAAGGGGGAAGAAGAGCAUGAGGUGUUUUUUUUUUUUUUAAGUGGAUUUAUUUGUCUAACAGCAAUUAUAUAUCACCCAAAGCCCAUAUUUAGCUAUUAAAACUCAUGUUAGACCUGUCCCAAUUUGGUCCCUCAGGAAGGAAACACUCCCAACUCCAUUUGUAGCAAAAAGGUUACUUUUACUAAAAGCCAAGUGAUUACAGUUAUACAAAGCCAGAACUAAGAGUUUGUGUGCAAAGAUUCCCUAGUUAACUUUCCCUUCUUGUGUCCCAUCCCCCUGGUAUCAUCCCAAUGUCCAGUCACAUUUGAAGAAAAUGUUUUGGUAAUUAUCCUUAUUACGGUUGAAUGGAUGGAUGUGACAUUCCACUCCCAGGACCACAGCCUCAGGAUGUCUCGGGAUAGACAUCGGGACUGCAUGAAGAUCACUUUUGGUCUCCCCUUUCCUUGUCUUUCCACAGCCCCCUUCCCCAAAAGCUCAUGGCAGUCUGGCAACUAGCAAAGCACAAUUGUGAGUGAAGGGUGGCAACUCUGACAACUCAUUCGAUAACUUUGAAGCUGUCCUUAUCUCUCACCUCUCAUCUACAUG